AUGACGAUCCGGUUUCUGACAACCGGCACCGACGCACACCAGAACGAGUGCAAGGCGAAGGUCCAGGCUGCGACAAAGCCUGAUACCUCCGAGCAUGAAGCGUACUAUGCGGGAUUCUUCCACCCGUACCCGAAUGCGGGCGGCGGCGGCGAGCGCGUUCUAUGGACAAUGAUCAAGGCUAUCCAGAACAAGUAUCCGUUUGUGGUGUGUGUGAUUUACUCUGGCGACAAGGUCGACCGCGACACGCUGCUACAGAACGUCAAAAGCAAGUUUGGAAUGGACAUCAAGCCCGAAACAAUCUACGUGGUCGAGCUGGCGGGCCGGUCGUGGGUUGACAACAAGUACCCUCGGCUCACGCUGCUUCUGCAGAGCAUUGGAUCAGUUGUGCUGGCCAGCGAGGCACUGAACAAGUUCAUGCCGGACAUCUUCAUUGAAACCGUUGGAUAUGCGUUCACAUACCCGCUAGUGCGCCUGGUGACAGCCAAAAUCCCCGCUGUCUCGUACACGCACUACCCGUCGAUAUCAAGCGACAUGCAGACUAUGGUUAGCUCGCGCGAGUCUGGCUUCAAUAAUGACGCCAAGAUCGCCCAGAGCCCGGUGCUGACAUAUCUCAAAUCCGUGUACUAUCAGGCAUUUGCGCACGCGUAUGCAUUUGCAGGAUCUUUUGCAGCGACCAUCAUGACCAACUCGUCAUGGACACAUGGGCACAUUGUCAAGCUGUUCGGCAAGCCCAAGAUGACCCAGGUUUUGUAUCCGCCCUGCGACACCAAGGCGCUGGUCGAGUUUCCAACAUCCAACCGCAUGCCAUUUGUGGUCUCGCUGGCACAGUUCCGACCCGAGAAGAACCACAAGACGCAGGUCGAGGCAUUUGCAAAGUUCCUGGAUAGCAACACUGGCUUGAAGCUGCCAACUACGAGCUACCCGAUGAUGAUCAUGCUGGGCGGUGCGCGCAACAUUGAGGAUGAGGCCCGCGCCGAGGAGCUGCGCCAGCUGGCCAAGCGGCUUGGUAUCGAGCGCCAGGUCCACGUCAUUGUCAAUGCUCCGUGGAGCCAGGUCCUCGAAUGGCUAAAGUUUGGCCGUGUCGGCAUGCAUACCAUGAAGGACGAGCACUUUGGAAUCAACGUCGUCGAGAUGCUGGCUGCUGGCUUGCUGACUGUCGGUCACGACUCUGCUGGACCCAAGCUGGACAUUAUCACGCCGGCUAAGACGUUCCCGGUGGGCAUGGUGGCCAAGUCUGCUGACGAGUUUGCAAAGAUGAUCCAGCUCGGGCUCGGGAUGCCUGAGAUCACUGCCAGCGCCAUGCGCAAGGCGGCCAGACAUGCAGCGGCGACCAAGUUCUCUGAAGCGGCGUUUGUCGCCGGGUUCUACAAGCGGUUCAAUCCGGUUAUCCGUUGGCUCGACUACCAGCGCUCAGAUGAGGAUGACGACGACGAGUACGAGUAG